AUGGCCAAUUUCACGCAAAACCUUAUCUUGGGGACAUCAUUCGAAACCACAGACAGCUCCGCAAAAGACCAGGUCACUGAACGCACUGUCACGAUCAAGAAAAUCUCGCAGCCAUUUACCAAUAUUGAGCUAGCGAAACGCACAUACAGAGAAAUCAGCUUGCUGAAAGACCUCCAACAUGAGAAUAUCAUCUUGCUAAGUGAAAUUUUCGUGUCGCCUCGGGAGGACAUUUACCUAGUGACCGAUUUUAUGGCCACUGAUCUCCAGACCCUCCUCAGCGUACGGCCCAUGGAAAGACGGUUCACUCAAUACUUCAUUUACCAAAUUCUAAGAGGCCUCAAAUAUAUCCAUUCCGCCGGCGUGAUUCACCGAGACCUAAAGCCUAGCAAUAUCAUUAUCGAUGAGAACUGUGAUCUGAAGAUCUGUGACUUUGGACUUGCCCGGAUUCACGAACCUCUAAUGACGGGAUAUAUCGCUACAAGAUACUACCGUGCACCGGAGAUCAUGGUCUCCUGGCAAAAAUAUGGCAGUAAAGUAGACAUGUGGAGCACGGGCUGUAUCAUGGCGGAAAUGCUACUGGGAAAGCCAUUAUUCCCUGGUGUUGACCACAUAGAUCAGUUACGUGUCAUCAUCAAGAUCAUUGGGACACCAACAGAGGAACUGAUUAAUCAGAUUCCGAGCAAAAAUGCCCAGCAUUUCAUCCUGUCUCUUCCUAGAUAUGAGCACCAAGAUCUGUCAAUUAUUCUUCCUAGUGUCUCCUCAGAUGGGAGACUCCUUGUCUUCGACCCUAAUAAAAGAUUGAGUGCUAGCGAAGCCCUAGCACAUACAUUUCUAGCUACGUACCACAACCCUAACGAUGAGCCUAUAGCAACAAAACCUUUUGACUGGAGCUUUGACACUCGUCAAUGCGAUCUUGAGACGUGGAAAAUGAUGAUCUAUUCGGAGAUCUUCGACUUGCAAUUUGUGGAACGUGAUUUGGAGGACACCGUAUUUCAAUCACGCUAG